GACGCACCACGGACACGGCGACGACGGAGACGGGCCAGUCAGUCUGUAGUGAAUAGCGAUACUGGUCGAAACACGCACCCGUGAGCGAACGCGCGCGCGAGAACGUCCGUCGCUGAAGGGGGCCAUUUUUCGCGACCUGCCCUAAACCCCGAAUCGGGAGCAACGGCUGGUGAAACCGGAGGGCCUAGAGGGAGAGAAAGUGGGGGAGUGGGAAGAGCGGGAAUACUUCCACGAGGGUGAGGGUUUGUGUUUGUGUGUAUGUGUGUUGGUGAGGGGAUAUGGGGCCAAAUGUGUGGGGUCUUUGGGUGUGUAGGUGUUGAAGAACAACCCCAACUCCUGCCCCGGGGCCAAUCCGAGCCCUACAGGGGCGGAAUCCCGUUGGGAGGGUGCGUGCAGAAGGACAAGAUUUUGCUCGGCUCGCGAGCGGCCUGUUUGGUGUAGUGAAUUAUGUCAAAUUAUUGUCGUUACUAGUGGAGGAGCAGCAGGUUCCCAUGGUAGGUGUCGGCAGGGACGGGGACGCUCUGCUGCAAUGGAUCUAAUACGGAUUACCACCGCUUUCUGGAUACAGUCGCAAGGAUACGGAUAGCAAUCGAUUGGAUUUACACGCCUGCAAAAGGAAGAAAACACGUCAAACGAGGGCUGUGAUUUGGGGCCCGCUUUACAGUUUUGCGAAUAUUGAUUUAUGGAUGUCACCGCGACCGAAGUAGAAAGGACCGUGACGUGUGCGGAUUGUACGGCCAAGGAUACACGGUGCAUACGUGAGAAGGAUGAGAAAUCGGAGUGAUGUUCCCAGUGUGAGGCCAAGUGAAACAGUGUCGAGGGUAGAAAAUCCAUACCCCGACGAAGCGGCACUACGACGAAGAGAGAAGGUUAAAGUGUUAUUGAGCAUGUCGGGGGCAAAGCUGACCGAAGAAGUUGCUGUGGAGUGAGAUAAAGUGCCAAGAAAGUAGCAGGUCCAGGCAGCACUGGUGAUGGAUUAAUUGCUGCGGAUGAGAAGAAGUAAUCAAGAUCGAGUCAAUCGAUUUGUGAUAUCGAAACGGUCAUCCGUGUCCGUCGGCUUCCGCCGGAUGGAAGAAAUGUGAGCCUGAAACAAAAAGAAGUGCUUUUUUUGUCCCCUGGAGGAUACGGAUGUGUGUGAUAAUCUAGUUGGAGAGAAAGCGAAAAUGAAAACGUCACGAAGCAAGUGGAUGUGUUAAUGUGGUGUGAUGAAGUUCUCACGAAGCUCAGAAGGGGAUAUUCCACAGCGAGUGUAAAAAAAAAUGCCGUCAAUAAUCGAGUAGCGUGAUCAGCAUAACCAUGUUGAUAUUACUGGUGAUCAUCAUUCCUCUAUUUGCCCCGACGAUAUCCGGCGGUGGUGGCAAUAGUGACGAGAAUGAUUCCGUAAAGAAAACGACUUCGCGCGUUGUGCAUACAAAGUACGGGUCGGUGUCUGGCACGAUUGAGCAUCUGGAGGGUCGCCAUCUGGACCCGGUGGAAGCAUCGGGCAUUCCGUACGCUUCGCCACCCAUUGGCACCCUCCGCUUCAUGCCUCCCGUCACCGGUGCCCUUUGGUCCGGCGUCAAAAAAGCGGAAAGAUUCAGCCCAGUCUGUCCGCAACAUCUUCCCGAUAUUGCCAAUGAAACUGCGGCCCUGGAGCGUAUGCCUCGUGGUAGACUAGAAUAUUUAAAGCGACUCUUACCAUACCUUAGGAAUCAAUCGGAAGAUUGUCUGUACUUGAACAUCUACGUCCCAACCCAAGCUGGCUCGAGGGAGGGUUCCGGUGCUCAAAAGUAUCCCGUGAUGGUGUUCGUCCAUGGUGAAUCGUACGAGUGGAACAGUGGUAAUCCGUACGAUGGUUCCGUACUGGCCAGCUUCGGGCAGAUUUUAGUAGUUACAAUCAAUUAUCGACUAGGAAUAUUAGGUUUUUUAAAUGCCAACAUUGACCGGUUCUCGAAGGCACCGGCCAACUACGGUCUGAUGGACAUCAUUGCGGCACUUCAUUGGCUGCAGGAAAACAUCGAAGCCUUCGGGGGUGAUUCGCGGAGUGUGACGCUGGCGGGCCACGGCACUGGGGCGGCGUGUGUUCAUUUUCUCAUCGCUUCGGCGGCGGUUCCGGAAGGUCUCCUGUUCCACCGAGCGAUCCUAAUGUCCGGAUCCGGUCUGGCCCCGUGGUCUCUCGUGGGAGAACCGGCCAAGUUCGCUGCGUAUGUGAGCCACCACGUGAACUGUUCUCCCGACCUACCUCAUCAAAUGCUGCUCAAGUGUUUGCGGGACAAACCACUCAACGACAUCCUUUCGACGCCGGUGCGGGCCCCGGACUUUGGGAAUGCCUUCGGGCCGAGUGUCGACGGCGUUGUAAUCGACACCGGAGAGAUACAGCAGAUGGAUGGAUCCCAUUACAGUGAUUAUGGGACGCCAACGGCACCAAAACCAUCCGCACAUCUCCACAACACGCUCAACACGAUUAACGCAAUUCUUUUGCGUAAAUUAGCUAUUAACAAAUUGUCCAAAUACGACGUCCUAGUCGGGGUCACCAGGGCGGAAGCUUAUUUUGUCUUCAACUCGGAGGAUGUCCAGUACGGCAUCGAGGCUGACCGGCGGUCAAAGAUCUUGAAAAACUAUGUAAAAAGUACCUAUAGCUAUCACCUGAACGAAAUACUGGCCACCAUCGUGAACGAGUACACCGACUGGGAGCGGCCAAUUCAGCACCCGAUCAACAUACGGGACGAAACGUUGGAAGCGCUGAGUGACGCAAGGAUAGUGGCACCUGCAGUUCAGACGGCAGACCUACACUCUGCCGAUCAUCGCAACUCGUUCCUGUACGUUUUCGAUUAUCAAACAAAGUUUGGAGAUUUUCCGCAGCGGCAAGGCUGCAUCCACGGCGAGGACCUGCCGUAUCUGUUCGGUGCACCGCUCGUCGGUGGGCUGAACCACUUCACCAGGAACUACACGAAAUCCGAGAUAGCGCUGUCGGAAGCGGUCAUGAUCUACUGGUCCAACUUUAUCCGCACCGGAAACCCAAACGAGCAGCUCGAGAACGACCACGUCCGGGACCGAACGCGGUUCAAAAACAUCGAAUGGACACCCUACGAGAGUGUACACAAAAAAUACCUGAAUCUAGAUACCAAGCCGAAGCUAAAAAACCAUUACCGCGCGCAUCGACUGUCGUUUUGGCUGAAUCUGGUGCCAGAUUUGCAUAAACCUGGUGGCGAUGAUGUGCCCAACUCUCACCACGACCUCGAAGACGACGACGACGAGGGUGGGGCGCCGGUGCCAACAGUGAAACCACUAAAUCCUCCCCUGCGGGAUCCUUCGAAUGCCAACUCGAAUUUCUCCUUUUUCACCACACAAGUGUUUUCGCUGUUGAAUUUUUCCGCUCACGGGGGGAUUAACAACGGCAGCAACCGUCACAAUGUCCAUAAGCCGAUUCCGGUGACAGCGGAGUCGUCCGAGGGGACAGAGGACGACGGAAGUGGGGGAUCGGCGCAGGAGGACGGUUUCGCUGCCUACAGUACGGCGCUGAGCGUGACGAUAGCAAUCGGAUGUAGUUUGCUGAUACUGAACGUGCUGAUUUUCGCUGGUGUUUACUACCAACGUGAUAAAACGAGGUUAAACGAACCGCGAAACAGUAAGAAGCGAAACGAGAAUGGCCAAAUGCCAAACAAUAUCUGCGGCGAGCUGGAAGGUCUUACCAUCCAUGCGAAGAGUGAUCCGUCAACGAUACUGGGCCAUCACCACGCCCUCCAACACCAUCAGAUGCCACCGCCCGAGUUUGCGGAUUUGCCCCAGAGGGCACCACCACCGCCGAAGCACAUCAAGUCGGUUCCGGACGGGACGAUACUGUCGCAGCACGCGCUCCAGCUAAUUGGCAGCAAUUGUGGCACCCUCACGAAGAAGAGCUGUGUCAAGUCCAACCUUGCCACCUCCAAUCAGGCCCAGAACGCGAUGGACGAGCUGCGGGUGUGACGUUAAGUAUCCUUUGCCAUCGAGAACCAAUCUCGAUGCGGACACCGACACCAUCACUGCUACCAACAGCAAGAGCAGCCACAACAGCAGCAACAGCAACAGCAGCACCACCACUAUCACUCCCCGAGGCCAGAGGACGCGGCCCAGCCAGAGUCAGCACCACUCCAGCAACAGCAACAGAAUCUGUAGCAGGCAGAGUGCUCGCUCAGAAAGCAUUAUCAAUUAGUUAAUAAUUGAUGAACGUAUUUAGGUAUAAAUAAAAAAUAAAUAAAUAA